AAAGACUUGGUAUAUUUUAUGAAAAUUAGAGUAUUUGCUGUUUAUGGCUUUGUGGAUUUAAAAGGUGCGGGAUAUCGAACAUCUCUAUUUUGGUGGAUCACCGUACACUGGAUAAUGUAGCCCUAGCGAGACCAAGAAACACAAUAUGUCAAAUCUAUCUCAAAGCCAAUUGAUUGUAACACUGAUUAAAAAGAUAAUCAUAUGCAGAAAAACUGCAAAGGAAAUUAACCCUGCCAGACACACCGUACUGCCUGCCGGUCCGAAGCCCCCCAAAAAGGUGACGGAUUUCCUCCAAUAUACAAACAUUCACAAAGACAUAUAGAACUAUGCGUGACGCUUGCAAAUUAAAGCGCAAAAAGACGCAUGCAAUUACUUGUGUAAUCUUAAACAUGUUUCUGACGUUUAACUUUCUGCUGCUUAUAACAGUCUGGGCUGUUGUCAGAGCAUCUUUAAGUAAUCCCCAAGCAAGCGCAAUAUGCAUUCCUUGCGACAAAACGACGCCGAAUACUUUCUCAGGACCAAAGAUUGAUCAUUCCACUAUCAAAAUGAGAGAAGAUGGUAUGUGCUGUGGACCUGUCGAAAGCAUUGCUCAGAAUGUAUUACAAAAGGAUGUGGUUGAGCAGUACUACGAAUAUAGGAAAAACAGUGCAAGUCUGCUUGAUAUAUUAGACGAUUCGGUAAUUGCUGACUGUCAAAGGGAAACAAGCAACAAACACCCCAUGUCGAAAAUUGUCGGAAUCGUAGAGUUCAAACCUAGCUACAUAGUUAACGGUCAUUACAAAGUCCUGUGGAAUAAGAAUGGCCGAACGUUUUCUGCGAACAAUUGCGUCCACUUGGAACCAGAAGGGGAAAUAUUUGUCCGACAGCCUGGCUACUACAUUGUUUCUUCGCAACUGAAUCUUAUAAGACAAAAUGAGACUGGAACAUAUAGAAAUGAAACCAGUCCAACGGUCUUUAGUCACCAUGUAGAUCUCUUUUCACAAAAGUUUGGCUGGACUGGAAUCUUGAUGCAAACCAAGAAAUCAAUUCAAAGAAACGACGGUUUCUAUACAAGUUUUCUUUCUGCGGUUUUCAAGCUAAACAAGAAUGAUAGACUCUCCGUGUCUGUAUCGAAUCCUGAAUAUUUAGAGACUGACAACCCUAACGAUCAUUUUCUGGUUUAUUAUACCUAUGAUCUGCCAUACUAAAAUACGGCUUAACUUUAUCAAUAAAUUAUUUUGAGACCUGUGUAACGUGCCUUUAAUUUGACGAACUCAAAUUGUAAAGUCUGACUGAACUAAGUACAUACAUAAAUGAAAUCAAAGAAGAAAAUGUCUUACUUAAUAGUACGAAAACAUCUUGGGGUACAUAUGAACAAUAUUAUUUACCUGGUACAUGCGAAUAGCUACUGUUUUCAAUACGUUAUAUUUUAGACUUUCUCUUCUAAGACUUUAUUCAAUUUUCUAAAUGUUGGUGAAUAUAUUUUACAAUUCAAAUACAAUCUUUUUUUGAUUAUUGUCGUCCCGUAUAAUGGCAGAAAUGAAUGCUUUUUGUUGGCUCGUAUAUUUUAUGACUGUUUUGUUAAAACGUAUUGCUUGUUUGUAUUACUUUUUUGUUAUUAUUUUUUGUUAUAAUUAGUUAAAACGUCCCAAAUCAAUAACGCGUUUCAUUUAAUUAACUUUUCAGUAGGAAUAAGCUAGCGAGAUGAAAGCAAUAUUCAUAUUAUAUAUAUGUUAAAAGAAUGAAAUCUAAAUGAGAUUUUGUCCUUUCCAUCCUUUGCCUUCCUGAGUCUGAGACUGUUGAGUACAGUCCAGAGACUGUUUGUUAACAUACAUAAAAUCAGACCGCAAAUUUUCAUAUUUGUAAUAUAUUUAAUAUGCAUAUGAAACACAAAAAACUGUAUAGUUUUC